GCAGACAUAGAGAGAGAGAGAGAGGGAGAGGGAGAGGAGGGAGGGAGAAGAGAUGGCGGCGAGCACCGGAAGCAAAAUGAUUUGCACGAUCUGCUUUGAAGAACUGAAGCCGAUCUUCGAAGACCUCCAAGCUGUCUCCAUUUGCGGCCAUGUCUUCCACGAGCUCUGCUUGCAGCAGUGGUUCGAGUACUGCUCGAGCACCAGGAAGCACAGCUGCCCCAUCUGCAAGCAGGGCUGCUCCGGGAACAAGGUCUGUCGGCUUUAUUUUCAGUCGACUGGGGAUAUAGACGAUUCGAUUCUCGACGGGAAGCUGAUGGAUUGUGCUGAAGAUCCGGAUGCGCUUCGUAGAGAGGUCCUGAGAUUGGAGGCAAAAGUGUCGGGGCUUACUUCUACUACUGAACGCCAAGGGAAGGAUCUCAAAGAGCUCGCUGAUGAGCUGUAUCAAUGCAAGGAGCUAGGAAAAAGGGAGGCAGCAUUAAAGGACAAUGCUGUUAAUCUGCUUCGUAUAAAAUCUGAGGAGCUUGACAGGUCCAAUUCCGAGUGCUUGAGGUUCCGUGAUAAAAAUAUGGCCUUGGCUAAAGAGCUUGCAGCAAUUAAAUUGGUAUCUGACUUGGAUUUGGAUGAAGAUGAAGUUCUAAAUCUUGCUUCAUUGGGUAAUGAGUCCGACAGCAGACAUACCAUAGACACCCUCAGAAAGUCCUUAGUGAUCCAAAACAAGAGUUAUAAUAAACUAUUGGCCGAUCAUAAAGGACUAAUUUCCAAGUGCAGUGCCCUUAGAAGAGGGGAGGAUCGUUUUAGGAGUAAACAUGAGAAGGCUAAAGAGAAAAUAAGUAAAUUAAAGAUCAGGAUUAAGGAACUGGAGACAGCUGUUGAGGGAAAAGAAAACGAGCUUCUGAGGGCUCUGAAGGCUUCGAAGAAGAAAAGUUCCAAGCGACCAGAUAGAAAUGAUGUUGAAUCUCCAAAUCUCAUAAAGUUUCAUGUAGAGGAUCAGCCGGCUCAAAUUCCUGCACCUAUGUCAAGUUCAGAAACUGGUGUCAUGGCAAAGACUUCACGUUGUUUACAAACCAUAGAGGGUUGCAACUCCAAGAAAGAUUCAGAUGCUCAUAGACCUUCAACUUUAAUUGCUGCCCAUGAGUUGGAAGGUCCUUUCAUUUUGGUUGAUGAAGAUGCCUCAGAACUUCCAGCAGCUGAACAAAGUCCUAAGUUUAAUCUAAAUUGUCAAAGCAGUGAGACUGCUGUCGUCAAAGAUAAUGGCAUGCUACAGUCAGGACUGAAGAAAUCUAGUACUAAUGCAAAAGCUUCAUCUAGUGAAGCAUCUAGUAGGCCACAGCCAAUUUUGGGUUCCGGAACUGGUAGCAACUUAACUGGGUGCAGCACUGCUACUAUUGAUGAUGAUGCACUUGUUGACAAUGCAUCUGAUCGGCCGGUGCUUACCAUUAGAAAAGAAAUUCCCUCGGAAGUCCCAUUAUACAAGCCAGGGGACAUAUGUUUUUCGGGUGGAUUUCUUGGUCCAGAUGGGACAAGUAGGUACCUGGGAAAGUGGUGCAAACGGGCUCAGAAUAAAUCCUUGAAUGCUACACAGAGCGCAACUAAUAGCAAUUUGAUUGCUGUUGGAUCAGAUGGAAGGGGUGGACGAAUCAAAGUCUUGAGAUCUCCUAUUCACUACUCACUGGAUGAUAAGGAGAAUUCAGCGAAGAGGUCUAGAAUUGGUUCUAAGACAACCGGCUUGCUGUCUCAGGGAUGCAGACAGAUAGAACAGUUCUUCCAAAAGGUGAAUCCAAAUUAAACAUUCACUUCACUCGGAAAACAGUCCAUCAGCGCAAACAUCGGUACACUUCACCUGCAGCUAUCUGCCUCCAACAGCAAAAUUCUGAGGCGUCGGGUCGGGAGAGCACUGCCCCACUGGCACGGGUGGAUCGCCCGGUAGAGGAGGGCUAACCAACAAUUCAGGACUGGGGUCGUAGUGUUGCAUUGCAUAGGAAUGGACCGAGAUACAUUCCAUGCAGAUGCGAUAAGGUUUUGUCGCAUCGGAAUUGAGAGAGCGUGAGAUCCUCUAGCCAAUCAGGAAAGGACAACUGAGAUCAUCUUUUGCUUUCUAUUAUUCCGUCCAUUAGUUUUUCUCCCUAUACUUUUUUCUUUACUAAGAACUAUACCCAACUUUUUAUUGCUCAAUUAUUGUUCUAUUAUGAUCUCUAAUCCCUUUCUCCUUUUCUUUCCUGUUCACAUUUCUUAUGUUACAUUUUGCUCUGAUCUGACUCUAACCGAGAUUGCACUUAGAAAAAUAGAUUGCGUGGUAAAAAAAUAAAAACAAAAUGAGUAAUGCUAAUUAAAAUUUAUAAAAAAGAAAGGAAAUUGAAUUAGCUAAAAGAGCAACAUGGGGGACAAAGGAUAGUAUAAAUUUAUUUAUUAAACUUGUUCUAUAAAGAUAACGAUAAUGAGAAUGAGUAUGGUGAAAUACACAUGUCCUUACAUGAUAAUUUAAAGAUUUAAUGUUUAAUUUUUGCGGUGAGAUUAUCUGUGUAUUUUUUUAUUUUUUUAUACUAGGGCCUCAACCUCCAUUAUAAUUAAAAAAAGAAAAUAACAAUAAUUUAAUGUGAUCACCCUUAAAUAAAUAUCAGGCCGCUUUUUAAAAUUUUUAGAAGUUUAUUUACUGCUUGCGCUUGAAUAGAGUAGCAAAUUGGCGGGAAAUUUUUUUGCAAACUUUCUGAAUUUUCCUUUUUAAUCUAUCUAUCCUAUCCUAUUAUUAGUAUUAUAGGAGAUUGAAAUUUUAUAGAAUAUAUAUAUAUAUAUAUAUCUAUAUAUAUAUAUAUAUUCUGUUUUACACAUGUUUGUCCUAUGUGGAUAACACUGGCACCCGAUGCGGGGAUUAUUCUAAUUGUGUGCAUGAGCGUGAUGUGAAAUGCAUGGUAUAAAUCGAACAAAAAGAACUUUUUCUUACGUUAAAAAUGAAAAAGAAAGAAAGAAAAAAGAGGUAAUCUUACCCCCAAGAUGCUUAAGAUUACAUGUAAAGCAUCACUCCUGUAACUUUCUAAUGAUAAAGUUUGUAGGUAUUGGAUUAAAUAUACGAACGCAUCUACGAACUUAUUACUAAGUCCCUUAUAUUGAAAAGGUGCGGCGACAUUGGUCGAAGAUAAGAUGAUCGGUUCUCAUAUAAAGCAUGCCCUGUCCGACGUGAGAGCGUAUGUACGUGGUCCCCAAUAGAAGCAGUAACAAAAUAAUGUCAUCUUGGACUAAAAUUGUUUUUACCAUGUGAUGAUGUGAUGCUUACUCCAUCAUCCAAUGGAUGAUUUGAAAUGUUUGCAUCAAGUUGGUUUAUGAGUCACAGUUCCAACAUGACAUCUCAUCAGUUAAAUGUGACCAAGAAGAACAACAAAAAUCAUAAUACAAUAACAAGGAUGCAUAUGGAAUCAUAUAAUAUAUAUAUAUAUAUAUACAUAUAUUACAUGUACUAUACGUAUAUAAAAAAGGGUUUGGAUCUGAACACUGAGGGAAUGAAUGAAUGAAUGAAUGAAUAAUUGUGUGCUUUUGCAGUAAUCACAUGAACCCAACUUACUUAAAGAGCCUCUGUGCUAAUUUUGUUCCCAUUUAGCAGCAAACACAAAGGCAAUUGGUUCUUCCAAAAUCAGUACAUAAUAUUCCUUCUGAUGAGUCUUUUUGUCUCGACUGAGCACAUUGCACAUGGACCGUACAAUAAUUAUAUAUUAUGCCCUUAUAGUUUGCAAGAUGGUCGCUCGUAUCUUCAUGGGGAGCGUAGGACCAAAAUAAACUGUUUUCAUUGGAUUUCUACGACCCCAGAACCAUUCAGUUCUCCGUCUCGGUACUCAUAAUAAUCGCCCGGUGAUUGCAGGUUGCUGUUGGAAGCAGUGAACCUGAAAAUGCAGCAUGUGACAAAGGAUUCGAACUCUGGUACUACCGUUCAUACAGUCCGUGCAAUUAUUUCCCUCUUGAUCGGUAGGCAACCUGCUCAGCGCAACGAUUUCUUGCAGGAUCGUGUACCAUAAUAUAAUGGUACGAUCCGGCACGAUUAAGUGCCAACGUCUACAUUUGCUGCAGACCCGAAGUGGGAAAUCUGCGAAGCCUCUGCAUUUUGUUUCGUUUUUGGUGUACCAGAAUCCGAAAGCGAAAAGGGAGCGAGUGAGUGAGUGGUGGGCUACAUUUGAACAAAACAGUGAGAUCAUCGUCAUCAUCAUAUGCUUGUAAGAAAGAAUUAUGGCCAUUACGAUUGUAUUAAUGGAAAUUUCUGUAUUUUAUUGA